GAUUCGCUGGCUGCAAAACAUUUCCACCACCACGAGGGCUCCAUUCCCCAACAGAAUUUCUCUCUCUCUCUCUCUCUCCUCUCUAAAAAUCCUUGCGAAACUGAAACUCGAACUCAAAGCAUAAGAUAAGUGAAAAACAAGACGUGCCGAGAAGAAGAAACUUCCAAACCCUAAAAUUCCUUCUGAUUUCAUCAAAUCCAAGUUUGAGAGCUCAGUGUGUGACGAUUAGUCACAAAAUCGUCGUCAUUCUUCUUGUCACCUUCCAACGAGCAUUUGGUCACUAGAGCAAGCACAACCGUUGGAUUUUCGUGUGGAAGUGCAAGGACAGUUUUAUGGAUCAUAAAAUUCUCCCGUGAUCAAUUAGAGAAAAAUGAAAAUGGCUCCAGCUAGCAAGGCUGAUAAAAAGGCUGCAUUAGAUGCAGCCGCGUGGAUGUUCAAUGUUACAACUUCCGUUGGAGUCAUCAUCGUCAAUAAAGCAUUAAUGGCCACAUAUGGCUUCAGUUUUGCUACUACUUUAACUGGCUUGCAUUUUGCUACAACCACCUUGAUGACACUUGUUCUUAAGUGGCUGGGAUACAUCCAAGCUUCUCAUCUACCCUUUCCAGAGCUUCUGAAAUUUGUCCUCUUUGCAAAUUUCUCUAUUGUUGGGAUGAAUGUUAGUUUAAUGUGGAACUCAGUGGGAUUCUACCAGAUUGCAAAGCUGAGUAUGAUCCCUGUAUCCUGCUUUUUGGAAGUUGUUCUAGACAAGAUUCGGUAUUCCAGAGACACAAAGCUUAGCAUAGCAGUUGUUCUUCUGGGUGUUGCAGUUUGCACUGUUACUGAUGUGAGUGUUAAUGGUAGAGGGUUCAUUGCCGCCUUUAUUGCAGUUUGGAGCACUUCUAUGCAGCAGUAUUAUGUAAGUUUCCUUCAACGGAAGUACUCACUUAGUUCUUUCAAUCUUUUGGGACAUACUGCACCAGCCCAGGCUGCGUCCUUGCUGUUGAUAGGCCCCUUUCUGGAUUAUUGGCUGAUGAAUAAAAGAGUUGACACCUUUGACUACCAUAUAGCAUCUGUGAUGUUAAUAGUACUUUCAUGCACUAUAGCAGUAGGGACCAACCUCAGCCAGUUCAUUUGCAUCGGCAGAUUCACUGCCGUUUCCUUCCAAGUGCUUGGCCAUAUGAAAACAAUUCUCGUUUUGAUUCUGGGGUUCUUAUUUUUUGGAAAAGAGGGUCUUAAUCUGCAAGUGGUCCUAGGCAUGGUCGUAGCUAUAGUUGGAAUGAUCUGGUAUGGAAAUGCUUCCUCUAAACCUGGUGGAAAGGAACGUCGGAGCCAUUCAUUUUCUAGCAGCAAGCAGCAAAAGCUAUCAGAAUCCUCCGAACUUGAUGAGAAGGUCUAAGAACUAUCUUAAGCAUAUGAGGUAGCAAUUUCAGGGAUUUUUUACAGUCACAUUUGCUUGCUUGGCGGAAGUGACAUUAAGGAAAGCAAGCCUCAAGUUGACAAGACCACCUCCGCGACAGCCAAUUGCCGCCGGCCAGAUCUUCGUUAGGACUUUGGGAUGUUCUCUCUCUAUAUAUCUAAUAUUUAUAUAUAUAGCUGGUGAAUUGUGUCUGCCUCCCCCUCUCCUAAUGGCAUCUCUCAUCUUCUUGAGGUUUGAAAGUUGAAGAUUGUUCAUCUUUGUCGCUGUGGCCAACAUAGACGUGGGGUGGGGUAAAUUAUACGAGAAUUCUGACCUCCUUUAAGACUAUAAAAAAUUAAUUUCUUAUAUGUAAUAUAUUUUUAUAAUACAAAAAAUAUUAUAAAAUCUAAAAAAAAUCAAUCAUUCUAUCUCA